GAUGAGGUUACCUCCCCUCCACUCCUCCCUCCUUGGAGGCAAGAACUACAACAGCUGAGACAGAAACGAGGUAACGAAGUGUUGGGGGCUGGGACAACCAGCUCCCCAACAACUCCUAGGUGUUUAAAGAAGGAGGCAGGAAGACUUGUGAAGAUGGGAACUAUACAAGAGGCAGGAAAAAAGACAGAUGUUGGGGUCAGGGAGAUUGCAGAAGCCCCAGAACUAGAAGCAGCCCUGAGACAUGGGGAAUUGGAGCUGAAGGAGGAAUGGCAGGAUGAAGAAUUCCCUAGAUUGCUUCCUGAGGAGGUUGACCCUUCUGAAGAUCCUGGAGACCCUAAAGGAGAUUCACAGGCAGCUGCAGGUACCCCCAGCACUUUAGCCCUGUGUGGCCAGCGCCCCAUGCGCAAGCGUCUUUCUGCCCCAGAGUUGCGGCUGAGUCUGACUAAGGGGCCUGGAAAUGAUGGAGCUUCGCCCACCCAGUCUACACCUUCCUCUCCUGAUGGCAGUUCUGACCUGGAGGUAGACGAAUUGGAGACACCUUCAGACUCGGAGCAGCUGGACAGUGGACAUGAAUUUGAAUGGGAAGAUGAACUACCCCGGGCAGAGGGUCUGGGUGCCAGUGAGGCAGCUGAAAGGCUGGGCCGAGGUUGUAUGUGGGAUGUGGCUGGAGAAGAUGGACGUCACUGGAGGGUGUUCCGAAUCGGACCACGGGAGCAGCGUGUAGACAUGACUGUCAUUGAGCCCUAUAAGAAAGUCCUGUCUCAUGGAGGUUACCACGGUGAUGGCCUCAAUGCUGUCAUCCUUUUUGCUUCCUGUUAUCUACCUAGAAGCAGCAUCCCCAACUACACCUAUGUCAUGGAACACUUGUUUAGGUAUAUGGUGGGAACUCUGGAGCUGCUAGUAGCUGAAAAUUACCUGCUUGUUCAUUUGAGUGGAGGCACAAGCAGGGCCCAAGUUCCACCUCUGAGCUGGAUACGCCAGUGUUACCGUACCCUGGAUCGGCGGUGAGACCUGGGAUGUGAGGGCUACAACUGUCUAUCUCAUCUUUUUUUCCCACCUUUCUAUUAUUUCUUCUUCCAUUUAGUCCUUUCCUAUUGUCUUUGUCCUUCCACGUUCCUUUCCCAGCUCUUUUGUCUUCUGUCCUCUCUUGGAGUCAGGGAAAUCUAGCUUCAAAUCUUGCCAUUACCACAUUACCAUUUACUAGCUAUAUGGCUUUGGACAAGUCACUUAACCUCCCUGGGCUUCAGCUUCA